AUGGCUGUAUCGGACCGCGCAAAGGGCUUUGUCUCUUCCGGCGUGGACAUCAGCCAUCCGGCCGUCGGUGCCAGUGAGUCUCGCCGACCGGUGGAUGACUUCCAAGUGGAGGACAAUCCUACGGUCCUGGAGGAGCCAAGCACCGAGGCCGACGGCUUCCCAGAUGGCGGCUAUCGCUCCUGGCUCGUGGUCCUGGGCUCCUUUUUGCUGCUGAUGUCGUCCUACGGGCUGAUGAACUCGGUCGGGGUGUUGCAAUCCUAUCUGGAAUCCCACCAGCUAGCGAGCUACUCGAGCCAGAAUGUCGGUUGGAUCUCGGGGCUGUUCGUCUUUGUGUCGCUGGGCCUUGGUGUCUUCGUGGGCCCCUUGUUCGACACCUACGGACCGAGAGAGCUGGUCUCCGCAGGGUCCGCAUUCUACGUGCUGAGCCUGUUCCUGACCGCGGAAUGCACCCAGUAUUGGCAUUUUAUCAUCUGCUUCGGCAUCAUGGCAGGCAUCGGCGGUGCCUUCACGAGCACCAUCGGGAUGUCCUGUGUGCCCCACUGGUUCCAGGCGCGCGCCGGCAUGGCGAUCGGAACGGCCAUGGCGGGCGCAGGUCUGGGCGGCGUGGUCUUCCCUUUUAUCCUGAAGGGCGCCUUUGCCAACCUGGGCUUCCAGUGGGGAAUGCGCAUCGUCGCGUUGGUCGUCCUGGUGCUGUGCGGACUCGCCUCGUUCCUCGUCAAGUCUCGCCUCCCCAAGGGACAGCUGAAGGCGGCGAUCGAUAUUCGGUGCUUCAAGGACUCUCGCUUCACAUUGCUGAGCUGCGGGAUCUUUGUAGCGCUCGAAUUGGAAAUGUUCGCACUCAUCGGGCUCUUUCCCACGUACGUCACCAAGCAGGGCUUCAAUACCAGUGCGAGCGUAUAUACUCUGGUGGUGCUCAAUGUAUGCUCCUGUGUCGGUCGUCUCCUCGCCGGCCGGAUUGCCGAUCGAUACGGUCGCUUGAACGUCCUCAUUAUCUUGAUUUUAUCGGCCGUUCUGACGAUAUUUGCCAUCUUGUACCCCUUCAGCCGACAUCUGGUCGUUCAUCAGCCUUGCCCCGGUCUGCAUUCGGCAAGUGUCGAAUGCAAAAGAGAUCGGGAUGAGAUUUGGGACAUGCUACUGUCUGCCUGUGGACCGCUGGCCCUCCUAGCCGCCAGCAUCUAUGAUUUCUCGCCGGAGCAAGUGGACCAGGGCAUCGCUCUGCGGCAGCUUGCCCGUGAGGCGACUGAGAAUAUCAAGAGAGGUCGGACAGGGAGCUGCCGACCUGAACACGCCUACAUACGUAGAGAAUGGCGCGAGCUGACCCACGAGGAAAGACGGCAGUUCACCGACGCUGUGCGGUGCCUGCAGAGCAUUCCAACCACUCUGUCAGCCGAUCUUCGCCAGAUUUAUCCUGGGGUACAGACUCGGUAUGAUGAAUUUCUGGCCACACAUAUCAACCUGACCAGUGUCAUCCACCAGACGGCGGACUUCCUUGCCUGGCAUCGGUACUUCAUCCACACGUUCGAGCAGGAUCUCAAAUCAAAAUGCCACUACACCGGAUCCCUGCCGUACUGGGACUGGGGAUUGGACGCCGAGAACCCUCAUCUCUCCGUGCUGUUCAAUGGUGACGAGUAUAGCAUGGGAUCGAACGGGGUGUUCAUACCAAACAGGGAUCCGGUAUACUGGCCCUCCAUCCAUGAGUAUCUCCCCGUCGGCACGGGCGGAGGGUGUGUCUACGAGGGGCCCUUCUCGAACUACACUAUCAACAUGGGUCCGAUUGAUGGCGCAGGCCAAAAGCCCGUGAGCUACCGCUUCGAGCAUCACCCCCACUGCCUCAAACGAGAUAUCAAUCCAACCGUCACACGAUCUUCCGUGACCUUUCGCCACAUUACAGAGCUGAUCCUUUCCUAUGACACCAUCGAUUGGUUCCAGGGCGUGAUGCAGAGAGAUCCCCGGUUUUCUGUUCCGUCUGUGCCGUACGGCGUUCAUCGCGGCGGCCACGUCGGGGUCGGGAUAGUCAUGGGAGAUGCAGCUGGUAGCCCCGGCGAUCCGAUGUUUUAUCUGCAUCAUGCGCAGAUUGAUCGAGUGUGGACCAUCUGGCAAGGGUUGGAUCCAGACAAGAGGAGGCAUGCCAUUUGGGGCACGCACACCAUCCUCGACACGCCCCCGACAGCCAAUAUGACGUUGGACGAGAUGAUUCAUUUUGGAUUUGCCGCUGAGCCUGUGAAAUUCCGAGACCUGAUGGAUACGCUGGACGGGCCGUUUUGUUAUUAUUAUAGUUGA